AGCAGACGUUUGCUCUACAUUAUCUUGAUCGCUCUUGCUUGUGCCAAUCCCAAUACCCUCCUUCUGAGAAAGAGAGAGUGGGAAGGAAAUAGGAAGGUCCGAUUCGGAAGUCGGGCGAGGACGCGUCUGUCUGCUUCCUUCUGUGUUGCUCCACCGCAACAGUCUGGCAGUGAUGUUGAUUCCUCUCCUUUGCAGUCGUGGCGGAUGAGGGCAGGCGACAUCGAUGACGAGCACGAGGAGGACGAGGAGGAGAGCAUUCAUGAUGAGGCUAAGAAUGAAUCUGAGGCUGGAGCUGGGGAUGCGGCUGGGGCUGAGCCGGAGCCAGUGAGACACCACCAUGCCUCCACGCCGCUGUGCCCCGAGCCGCGCCGUGACACCUUCUGGCGCCGGGUGGUCUGGUCCUGCGACGGCACGCACCUCCUGUGCCAGUCCGAGGACCACCACAUCGACCUGUUCUGCGUCUCUCUGCCCUCAGAACAGCCAUCGUCGGACGACGGUGGAGCUACGUCGGCAUCACAGGCACCGUCAUGGUCGCACACGCUGACGGUGCGCGCCCCUUCGCCCAUUCUCGCCGUCGAGUGGUACCCGCUGUCGACGCACGCGGAGCCGUGGACGUGGUGCUUUGCCAUGUCGUGCAGAGACGUGCCCGUCAAGCUCGUCGAUGCCACAACCGGCCAGACGAGGGCCACGUACGGCAUCAUCGACCACGUCGAGCGCUUUCUCUCGCCGCUGUCCCUCGCCUUUGACCUGACGGGCACCCUGCUCUACUGCGGCCUCAAAGACGCCGUCGCCGUCUUUGCCCUCGCGCAGCCGGGCAACGAGCCGCUAGAGAUGCUCCACCUCGGGCCCACCGGCGGCUGGGGCGCCUCGAGAGCGGGCCAGCGCGGACUCGUCUCCUGCCUCGCUGUCCUCGCCGAGGGCGGCGACUACCAGCAGCAGCAGCAGCGGUAUGACGACAAUGGGGAGGGCGCAAACGGGACAGGUACAGGCGAGCUGCUCGCCGUCGGCACGCUGAGCGGCACCGUAGCACUGUACAGGCUCGACGCGCGGGGCUGCGACUCGCUGCACGAGGGCCUUGUAUGCGCGUGGAAGGAUGACGACUCAAGGGGUCUAUCCCAACUCGCGUUUCAUCCCAGCGCACCCCACGUCCUCUUCACAGCCUCAAGGCGAUCAGACGCCGUGAGAGCCUUUGAUCUCCGAUACGUCGGCACCAACUCCCUCUCAGAGGGUCCGCCGCCGGCAUGCAGGCUCGGCGAGUUCCCACUGGAAGGGAAUGAAAGGGAAGGAGGGGACAACGAGAAAACGCAGCAGCGCCUCUUCUUCGACGUCGAUGGACACAGCAGGACGCUCGUUGCCGGCGGUCGUCAGGGGCAGGUCAGUGUGUGGGAUGUCACGGUGCCCGAGCACGGGCUGCGUUCUGCCGAGGAAAGCGAUGCUUCGUCGUCGUUUGGACAGAGCGCGAGAAGCGAGUGCGCUGCUCUUCUAAAGCACAAGCCGAUCAAACAAUGGAGGGCAUCCGAGGACGUCGUGGCCUGCACGGGCUCGAGCUCUGCAUGA